AUGACUGAUUUCUCUAAUAUAUCUAUUCUGACACUUCAAGGCUUCAAUUUACCUCCUGAGAGUAUCCCCCCUGCGUUUGUCUUCGCAACACUAGGAUACCUGACCAUUCUCACUUGCAACCUCAUCUUACUAAUCACUAUCAUUCUCAAUAAGAGUCUUCACCAGCCCAUGUAUCUUUUGCUUUUAAACUUGCCCAUAAAUGAUCUUAUAGGCUCUACAGCCCUCUUCCCACAUAUUAUUAAAGAACUCUUAUGGGACACCAGGACAAUAGAGUUUUCAACUUGUGUCACUCAAGCUUUCUUUAUACAUAUCUAUGCAACAGGUGCAGUGUUCAUUUUGACUGCUAUGGCAUAUGACAGAUAUGUGGCCAUAUGUUGCCCUUUGAAAUACAACACAAUCAUGAGUAAUAUGCACACAAUGAGGCUAAUCUCUUUGGUCUGGAUUUCUAAUAUACUUAUGAUAGCUGUGCUUUUUAUCCUUUUGCUGCGUUUACCACGAUGCAGAUCAUUAGUGACUCAUACAUACUGUGAUAAUCCCUCUUUGCUCCAGCUGGUCUGUGUAAACACAACAAUAAAUAACAUAUAUGGACUGAUGACUGUAGCUGUCUGUCAAGUGAUAACAGUAGGCCUAAUUAUAUUUACAUACAUCCAAAUCCUUAUAGCCUGUUUUAGAAACAAGCAAUCUGACACACGUAGCAAGGCAAUGCAAACUUGUGCGACACAUUUAAUUGUAUUUCUCCUAUUUGAAUGCUUGGGUCUUUUCACAAUAAUUUCUUACAGGUUAACAGAUAUUUCUCCACACUUAAGAAAAUUUAGUGGUGUGGCUGCUAUGAUUUUGCCUCCAACAAUGAAUCCUUUAAUAUAUGGCCUAAAAACUAAGGAAAUCAGAGUCAAAGCUGUAAAAUUUUUCAAGAAGAGGAUUUAUACCUCAUAA